CUGCGGCGCCCGGCGGAUGUGACGCGCGGCGGGCGCCAUGGCGGAGGCGGCGGGAGGGCCGCAGCCGGAGGACUGCCCGGGGACCGGCAGCGCCCAGGCGGGCCGGGCCGCCGCCUGCCAGGGAUGCCCCAACCAGAAGCUGUGCGCUGCCGGCGCCGCCGGCCCGGACCCGGCGGAGGCGGUGGCGCUGCGGGAGCGGCUGCGGUGCGUGAAGCACGUGGUGCUGGUGCUGUCAGGCAAGGGCGGCGUGGGCAAGAGCACCUUCAGCGCCCUCCUGGCGCACGGGCUGGCGGCGGACGAGAGCAAGCAGGUCGCUCUGCUGGACAUAGACAUCUGCGGGCCGUCGAUCCCGAAAAUGAUGGGUCUGGAAGGCGAGCAGGUUCAUCAGAGUGGAUCUGGAUGGUCACCAGUGUAUGUUGAAGAAAACUUAGGUGUCAUGUCAGUGGGGUUCUUGCUCGGUAGUCCUGAUGAUGCUGUCAUCUGGAGAGGACCAAAAAAAAAUGGGUUGAUCAAGCAAUUUCUUCGCGAUGUGGACUGGGGUGAAAUUGACUACCUGAUAAUAGAUACACCUCCAGGAACGUCAGACGAGCACUUGUCUAUUGUGCAGUAUCUCGGUGCAUCGCAUGUAGAUGGCGCUGUUAUAAUCACUACCCCUCAGGAAUUAUCACUUCAGGAUGUUCGGAAGGAGAUCAACUUCUGUCAUAAAGUGAAACUGCCAAUCAUAGGUGUUGUGGAAAAUAUGAGUGGCUUUAUAUGUCCAAAAUGUAAGAAUGAAUCUCAGAUCUUUCCCCUGACUACUGGAGGUGCAGAGAAAAUGUGCCAGAACUUAAAUGUUUCCCUCCUGGGUAAAGUGCCUCUAGAUCCUCAAAUAGGAAAAAGUUGUGACAAAGGUCAGUCUUUCUUGUCUGAAGCACCUGAGUCUCCAGCUACAUCAUCUUACAGGAACAUCAUUCAGAGGAUUCAGGAAUACUGUGAUCUACAACAUACUCAAGAAGAAAAGAUUAUCUAAUUAUGAGUGAAGUAAAAAUGUAUUUCAUGUGUAAUUAUAGAAAAGUAACUUAUGCCUUGAUUUAAUAGAAGGAAUGUAUUCUUUUUGUAUAUUGCAAAUAAAUUCUUAUUA